AUGGAGCGUCGAGGCCACCUCCGCACCCAGCGCCCUGUCGUCAGGGACAUAGCUGUUGUGUCUGGGCGUCGCUUCCAAGGCUGUGCCUCAGGUUUGAAUGACAACAAAUCCAAGGCUUAUGAAACAACGGCUGUUGCUGGUCUGCUGGCUGGCCUUUGUGAUGAUCAGUUACUGAUCUCAGUAGUGAAGCUUCACUACCAAGAUACUAAGAAUGAGGGUGGAGUUGUUGAAGAUGUGCUAUAUCCAACAAGUACCGAGGGAGAUGCAUAUGUAACAUUCAGAGGAAAAUUGGUUGCCGAGAAGGUCAUUGGAAAAAAGAAACACUGUCUAGGGGGAGAUGUUUGGACUUGUGUGGACCUGCGUAAUGCAGUCUCUCAUUUUAGUGAAAAAGUCUUUAGCUCUCUAAGUGCUCUCCUUGAUCUUUUUUGGGGUCAAGACACUCUAGAAAGUCUGGUAUUGGAGCUAAAAAGGAAAAUACCAAUAUGCUUCAGUCCUUGGGAAUCCAAUGAAAGAAUCUCCAUUCAGGGAUCAUUCAUGGCUAUCAAGAGGCUCAAAGAAUCUUUGGUGUUACAAGCAUGUUGGAAAAAAUGAAAUAAGCAGAGCCUCAGAGGGAGUACACAGAGAACUAGUAACUCUUUGGUCACUCGACCCUCAGUACCUGAGACUACUAGCAGAGGAGAAAGGCUUGUUCUUGACACAGGUGCUUCCCUUUACCUGAAGAAGAAGAGCAGCUUAUAUGAAAGCACACUGAAAAAAUUGCACGUUGUAUGUCAGGUGAGAGUGGAUGGUGAAACUACCACAGUUUGGAUAAACAGUGCUCAAGAUGGUUCUUAGCCAAACAAUGACGCAAAAGGGUUCAUUGAGAAAUAGUCACAUGCUUUUCAUUUUGAACUUAAAAAGGAGACAUUUAUUUUGGAAGGAAAGGAAAGUAGAGAUAAAAGGACUAUUAAGUUGGCACGUGAACAACUAAGUUCAAGGUACCUUCAGGUUCUGAUUAAUUUCUGUAGGAUACACAUUGACAUUACAGGCUCUCCUUCUGGCAUGUACUUGUUUAAAUAGGAGGUCAUGAAAUUAGGAAGGCAAAAGGUAGGUGAUAAAAUCUCAGCAAUAGUAAUGAUAACGGCUACUGCUUUCUCUUACAGAGUGGCGACAAUGCCAUUAGCUUUUCACAUACUGUCUCUUUUAAUCCUUGUGAACAUUCUUCACUGUAGGCAUUGCCGUCCUCAUGUUAAGAGGGGAAGUAACUAGGAUUUGGAGAGGUUACACUUGUCCAGAGUUAUCCAGCUGGCCAGGAAUAGGGCGGAACUAAACCCAGUCAUCUGGCUACAAAGACAAUAUAAAACUUUGAAAAAAAAUCUCACUAAACUUUGAAGAAAUUUCACUUUCUCU